AGUCCGACUGUGUCGGAACACAGUCCGACUGUGUCGGAACACAGUCCGACUGUGUCGGAACACAGUCCGACUGUGUCGGAACACAGUCCGACUGUGUCGGAACACAGUCCGACUGUGUCGGAACACAGUCCGACUGUGUCGGAACACAGUCCGACUGUGUCGGAACACAGUCCGACUGUGUCGGAACACAGU